AGAAUAUUUGAGAAAUUAUCAUCGUUUAUAGUUUAGUUCAUAUUUAUUCUUAUGCAUGAUUUGAUGACAUUAUAUCUCAAUAAUUAGAUGACAAUAUAUUUUGAAUGUUCAGAAAAUGUGAUAAAAUUUAAUCACCAGCAUUACAUUGAACUUGAUUAAGUUUAUGAAAUGAUUUACUCAAUCUUGUACAUUAUAAAUUGUCUACAAGCAUUAUGUACUUGUUGUGAAUUGAAUAUAUCGCCUUUAUUUAACUUUUGGAUUGAAGAAAAUAUUGAAAAAGGUACUUUUAUUGGCAGGCUAUCAUUGUCAUCAUCAACAUCAUCAUCGUUAUCGCCAACAGAAACAGCGAUAGCAGAUACUUCAGUAUCAUCGAUUGCCUUAACUCCAAUGGAUUCAAAAUAUACAUCUUCAUAUACCUGUGUCUAUACUAGUUUAGCUCAACAGCCUAUUUCAAACUAUUUUCAUAUUGAUUCCAAUGAUGGUUCUAUAUAUGCCCUAAGAAAAAUCGAUCGUGAAGCUUUAUGUGAUGAAUAUAGUUUAUUAGAACGUGUUAAAAAACAUACUAUAGAUAGGAUAAAAACUGAUCAACACUCAUUGAAUAACAAUACUAUCGACAUUGAUAAACUCAAUGGAAAUCAAUCGAAAGCUGAAACUUUCAAGACAACAACUACUAGAACAGAUAAUUCCAGAUACUACAGGAAUGUUAAUCACGAACUUGAUAUGGUGAGUCAGCCAAUGACAACAAGCGUAUGUCAAGUUAAAUUCCAAGUACUUAUCAGUGAUACUACUGGGUUAAAAUCAAAAAAUAAUGUAUUGCAAGAUGUACAAAUUACAAUAUCUGAUAUAAAUGAUAAUGAGCCAAAAUUUGACUUACAAAAUUUUUCAUUAAAAAUACCUGAAACUUCUCCAAUUGAUGCGGAAUUUCGUUUACCACAAGCAACUGAUCGAGAUACUAGUGUGAAUGGAAUAUCAGAAUAUCGAUUGGUUCCAUGUAUUGAUAAAAAAGAUAAUGAGAAAUUUACAUUAUAUCCUUAUUCUUGUCAUAAGCCUAUGACAACUCUAAAACAGAUAUAUUCAAACAUCAAUAUAUUUAUUAACCAACAUGACAGGAGAUUAUCCACUGAAUACAAUGAAGAAUCUUUACAAAAAAACUAUGCUGGCGAUUAUUUCAUGCUAAAAACGUAUUCAAGAUCUAAUGGAAAACUACAACCAAUUUUAAAACAAAUUCGUCUUCUAGACAGAGAACAAUUUCAGUGGCUAUAUCUGUGUUUGAUAGCUGUAGAUGGUGGUGGUCAACAAGGCGCUACAUGUGGUUAUAUUGAAAUCAUUGAUGCGAAUGACAAUGUACCCCAAUGGAUUGGUUUACCAUAUAAAGUAUCGAUUAGUGAAUGUGAACAAGAUUAUCAGCAAGCAUACAUCGAUAGUAGUAGUAAUAAUAAUAACUAUAAUAUGUUUAGGUCACAAAUAUCAUCACUUCGAUAUUUAUAUACAUUAAAAGCUAUGGAUACUGAUAGUGGGAUAUACGGACAAAUAACUUAUCGAUUAGCGCAAGAUAAUAAUUUCGAGUCUGCGAAAACUCACAAUCACAAACCCAAAGUAAUAAUUAAAGAAAAUAAAUUAUAUUUACUUUCUAAAUUAGAUUAUGAGCAGUUAACUAAAUUUGUUGUUUAUGUUGAGGCUAUAGAUGGUGGUGGAUUGUUGAAUUUUACGGAAGUUGAAGUCACUGUUGAAGAUUGUAAUGAUCAUGCGCCUACAAUAAUGCUAAUUCCUGUAAAGUCAUCACUAUCACAUAUUACUGACAAUAAUUAUAGUAAUAGUAUAAAUAUCAAUGCCAAGAAUUCACUGUCAUCAUCUUCAUUUGCAUCAUUAUCAGGAUUACCUGUCUCCAAUAAUGUGGAGUCAUUGUGGAUAGAGGAGGAAAAUUACGAUCAAAUUAAGUUAGCCACAGUUAUGUCAUUUGAUCGUGAUAAAAAAGACAGUGGUCGUGUAACAUGUUAUCUAGAUAAAUCUGGACAAUUUGUAAACACUAUCGAUUACAGUCAGUUAUUUGAAUUAAUACCAAGUCAACCAACAUUUGGUGCACUCAGUACAAAUACUAACAAAGGUUUAAGUAGUAUGAGGCAAAAUGAUAUAUAUGCUAAUAUUACAUCGUCAGAUAAACCAUCAAUAUUUAGUUUAUAUAAAAAAAGUGGGGUUAAAAUUGAUCGAGAAGAAACUCCAAAGUUAUCAAUUGAUAUUGUUUGCACGGAUAAUGGAGAAGUGAAUCCACAAACAACUAGACGAACAUUACAUAUUUUUAUUAAGGAUAUCAAUGAUCAUACACCACGUAUUUUAACAACAACUACUAAUACCGUUACUUCGACUAUUGAAAAAAUGAAUGAUCCAUUGGAACAUUCAAUUAGUACUGGAAUUAACAGAGAAGGAAAAGAUGAGAAACAGUUUAUAAGUCAAAUCUUUAGUGUACCAGAAAAUGAACCAUUUGGUACAUAUGUUGGUACAAUUAUAGCCAAAGAUGAUGAUGAAGGUAUUAACUCACAAUUACUUUACAGUUUUACAUUGUUACCUGAUGAUAAUGUCACUGAUGAAGUGAGUCCACAGAAUUUAUUCGAAAUCGAUAAACUAACUGGUAGAAUAACCACAUGUAUCCCACUAGAUCGUGAAACACAGUCAAGUUAUUUAUUGAAUGUUCAAGUAAUGGAUUCUGGUAUCCCAUCAUUAUCAUCAACAACUAGAAUACGAAUAAAUGUAGCUGAUGUUAAUGAUAUGCCACCAGUAUUUGAAACUACAGAUCCUAGUGGCAGGAUUAUAUUUCAGUUAACCGAAUCAGUGGGUAAUCGUCGUGUACAUGGUCGACUAGUUGGACGUCUUAAAGCAUAUGAUAAUGAUUUAGGUUCAAAUCAAACUAUUCGUUAUGCAAUUGUUAAUGGUUCCCUUUCUCCAAUUCACUUACCAGUUACUUAUCGUGUAUCAUUAGAUGGUAAUAUUUAUGCAGAUGGUGUAAUGGAUAGAGAACUAUUUCGUGAACAUCAAUUCACAGUAAUUGCAUAUGAUGCUGGGCCAAUAAAUCAACAAUUAACUAGUACUGCACUAGUUUUAAUUAAAUUACUCGAUGUAAAUGAUAAUCCACCACAAUUUAUACAUCCAUCAACGUCAGUAUCAAAUAAAAUUCCAUCAGAUUUAAUUAAUAUAACUAUUGAUACUUCACCUGGAACUAUUCUUUAUUCAAUACAAGUAACUGAUUUAGAUGAACCAAAACAUACUAAAUUUAAUUUUACAUUACAUUCAGCUCGUUUUUUAUCUGAUUAUUUUUUAUUAAAACCAAAUGAAAUACAAAUAUCUGAAACAAAUAGUUAUAGUGAAGCAAGUGCAGAUUUAAUUUUAGUUAAUUCUCUAACACAAUUACUACCAACAUAUAAAACUAAGUACACAACAACAAUGAAUGAAGUUCAUUUAAAUAUGAAAUUAAAUAUUGAACAAACGAAUUCAUCUAUUCUAUCGUCAUCAUCAUCAUCAUCAUCAUCAACAACAACAACAAAUAAUAAUAAUAAUAAUCAACAUUAUCCAAUCGAAUAUUUUUUGUAUAUAAUUGUUAAAGAUAGUGAUAAAGAGGUAGGAUUUACAUCGACUGCACGUUUACGAGUACAUGUGUAUGUUGAUAAUAUAUUAACACCUUCCUUAUCAUCAAAUAUAAUUACAUAUAGACAAAAUUUCAAUUCAUCAAUGAAUUCUGAAUUAGCAUCAUUAAGUGAUACUGAAAUGUAUAAAAUUAAUUCUGAUCGAUUAUAUAAUGAUGAAAGAUUAAAUUCAUAUGGUGCUGAAUUAAAAGAUAAUACACAACUAUUUCAAAAUAAACUUACUACUACUCAUAAUAACAAUAGUAAUAUGACUAUUUUAUUCAUUGUAUCUAUUAUUAUCAUUUGUAUGUUUAUUGGAGUAUUUUGUUCAAUAGUUAUUUUUUAUAUUCGUGGAAAUAUAUCUAAUUGUCAAGAAGUAAAUCGUCCUAGAUCAUCAGAAUUAUAUACAACUACACAUAAAACAUGUUCAGAUAAUUGGUCAGUUGGAGAAUUAAGUGAACAAUGUAAAGUACCAUCAAGUUGGGAAACAUUAAAUUGUAAAGAUAUGGUGGUAAAUUUAACCAAUGGUGAUGAAAGCACACUUAACAAUACAAAUCAAACAUACAUUUUAACUCCAUCAACAAGUUUUCCUAAUACUGAACGAAUAAACACAAUACCAUUAACAUUUUCUCCAGUAUUAAAUCGACAUCAUAAAGUAAAUUUCAUAACGACUUGUUCAUCAGAUACUAACGGAAGACAAGUAAGAUUAAUUGUAAAAAUAUUAAUCAAUAGUGAUUUUUCAUAUCUAAACAAUUCUUCAAGAUUUCUUAAUAAAAGAUUAUAAAACUAUCAAAUACCAGUAUUCAUAGCAUUUUCCUAGUUAGUAUUGACGUUAUUCAGCCUAGUUUACUACUAUGUAAGUAUUAAUAAGCACCUUGAAGGCUAGAUUAUGUUGACUAGUUGAUCAAAGUAUAACUUUUGGUGUAGUGCUCUAAUUCAAGGUAUUUAUCAGCUUUACUUUUUAAAGAUAACUAUCAAUUGAUAUUCCACUGUUACACUUUCACACGACUUGAUCUAAAUUAAGGAUUAAAUUAUCCUAAUGUAGUUUAAGUAGACUUUGCAGAAAAUUGUUUCAACUUUUACAGACUUUCAUAGCAUCAAUGGAAAAAUCUUAAAACAUUCAUAAGUAAAGUUGUUGAGAAACUUUUCAUUUUCUGUUCUGAAUUUUAGCUAGUAUAUUUUCAUUAAUAACACAUAACUUUAUCAUUGAUAUCUUAUCGUGUGACAACAGAUUGCUUAAUAAACUAUUAUUUCGAUCUUGUUUAAUAGUGAUUAACGUGAUUUCGAUUAUUUUCUUGAAUGAGCUUGAAUAAAAUUAUUAAAUGACACGUUCGGACUGUUCACAACUAAGAUCAAUGUUUGAAAUCAGUUGAAUAAUUAAAAGAAACUCCGUGUGAAGUAAAAUAAUUAGUUUGCUUUAAAAAAGUUUGUUUAUUUCAAUAUCCUAUGUGAAAAUCCCAUAAUAUAUUUUUCCCAAUACUAAUGUACAUUUCUUUGAUUAGAAAAAACAUUUCUUGUAUGGCGAUAAUCUGUUUUUUUUAAAUAAAUGAGUUAAAUAACUGUUCACAAGUAAAGCUUAACCUGUAGCCUCAAUUUUCUAUGUCUACUUAAGAUCAUUCUUUUAGUAAUUCAAACAUUUUGCACUUAUAUCUCUGGGUUUUAGAUCAUAACUCUGUAGUUUUAUACUAACCUUUACAUGCACACAAAAUGUGUAAAGCAAAGUUGAAUUGAUAAAUCUGUACCGAUUUAUAUUAUUAUUAACAAAUAAUAUGAGUGAUUUAAAGUAAAUAGCCAUAACAAAUCAUAAAGCAAUGGAUAGCUGAGAGGUGCAUACAUAAAAUCAAACCAUUAAUUGUCCCUUAUUAAGAUACAACAAAUGUUUAGUCCAUUAUUUCUGAAAUUGAAAUUGAAACAGUUUCAAAGUUUCGUCCAGCAAACUUGCCUGAACCUCUUCAGAUUAAAAAUUAAAAUUAUCAAAGCAUAUAUAAGUAUUCAAUCUUCCUUGGAUUUCAAUAUUUGUUUUUUUAAUUGAAUUCAAUUAAUCAUCUAAUUGAUAUAUUGAAUUAUCUGAAGUAUCAAUAUUAAAACUAAAAAAAGUGGUCUAAAGAAUGAACAUAAAGUACUUUUCGUAUAUUUAACGAAAUACACACAGUAUGUUCAUAAACAUAAGAGUUAGUCCUUAAUAAUGUUGUUUUCUACUAACAUUUUAUAUUUUUAUAAUAACGAAUUAGGAAAAAAACAAACUGAUUUAAGCGUAAUUAUAAACUGUUUAUUAAAUUUCACUUCUGAUUCAACAGUUCUAUGUUUGUAUUUAUUCUUAAAUAAGUUUAAUUAUUUGAUUGUUGUUAGUUUGAGGAUAAAUAACACUUUUUUUCUUUUUUUUUAGUAUUUUUCUUUGCCUAAUUUAUGAAAUGCAUGAAAUCAUGGACUGGAAAUCAUUGCUUAGUUACCAAAUUAUUAUUUAUUUAUUUAUCUUUUUUUUGGAUUUUUGAAAUAAAAUAAAAUACCUACUUAUAAUUAACUGCACGAAACUAUCAAGAGAGAAAUAUUCUGAAUAGUUGAUCAUUGAUCAUCAACUCUAUUUCAUUGAAACAUUUCAUGAAAUUUUAUGGGAU